AUGGGUUGCUUCUGCUGUUUCAAUUCAUCCGAUGUGCAAGAGGAGCCCACCGAGGAGGAAGAAGGAAGAGAAAGGAACGCGCUGGCCUCCCUUGUCAACAACCUUGCCAUUGAAUCGGAUACCCAGAAGCAUAUAUCUGUAGCCGAAGAGCUCUUGCGGAUAGGCAAUGGCAACAAUUCUACUCGAGUUUUCACGUUCGAUGAACUCUCAGCUGCAACCAACAACUUCAAGGCAGAAUGCCUUCUUGGCGAAGGUGGAUUCGGUAGAGUCUACAAAGGACACCUCGAGGACACAAACCAAGAUAUAGCUGUCAAGCAACUCCAGAGGAAUGGCUUACAGGGAAACCGAGAGUUCCUUGUCGAAGUGUUGAUGCUCAGUCUCCUACAUCACCCAAACCUCGUCAAUCUCAUUGGUUACUGUGCCGAUGGAGAUCAAAGAAUUCUGGUUUACGAGUGCAUGCAUUUGGGCUCACUGGAAGAUCAUCUUCUCGAUCUUUCCUCAAACAAGAAGCCGCUGGAUUGGAGUACAAGAAUGAAAAUAGCAGAAGGUGCUGCUAGAGGCUUGGAGUACUUGCACGACAUAGCAAACCCACCCGUGAUCUACAGGGACUUCAAAGCAUCUAACAUUCUUCUGGAUGAGGAGUACAACCCGAAGCUAUCUGACUUUGGCCUGGCCAAGGUUGGACCAGUCGGAGACAAGAGUCACGUUUCGACAAGGGUGAUGGGAACCUACGGCUACUGUGCUCCCGAGUACGCAUUGACGGGGCAAUUAACGAAGAUGUCUGAUGUUUACAGCUUCGGCGUCGUGUUUCUGGAGAUCAUAACAGGAAGGAGAGCCAUCGAUACAUCGAGACCUUCGAACGAGCAGAAUCUUGUUCACUGGGCAGAGCCACUGUUUAAAGACAAGAAGAGGUUUGUGGAAAUGGCGGACCCAUUGCUGGAAGGGAAUUACCCACUGAAAGGCCUCUACCAAGCUCUUGCAGUCGCAGCAAUGUGCCUACAAGAGGAAGCCAGCAAUCGUCCACUGAUCAGUGAUGUUGUGACCGCUCUGGAGUAUCUGUCCAGUCCACCAAAUGAAGCUUCUCAAAGCUCCAAAGAAUCUUUCUCGCGGAGCCUAUCCUCUCAAGAUUCAGCAGAAGAAAAAGAUUCAGCUAAUGAUGGCGGGGGCGAAGCUCAAUCGAAGUUGGAAGGUGAAGAAACCCGUAACUCGUUGAGAUUCAAGGAAGAAAACAUCGAACGCAUCUGACACACGCAUGAAUGCUUCAGAAACAGAGCCGACAGCUGUAUCUUGCAUUGUAAAGCUCAAUUAUUCUAAGAUGCUUAAAAAUAGAUCUCUUUUCUUAU